AUGCGCAUCGAUCGAUUCUUGCGGCCGAACAUCUCCCGGAAGAACCUCUUCCGUCAGGCGGCGCUCCGGUCAGACCUCGUAAGUUUCAACUCGCUGCUCAACGCCUUGUCCCGCAGUGCCCAGUGGCGCUGGCGAAGCUUGCCCCAGUGCCAGCUGAACCCAGACGCUGUCAGCUUCAACCUGACCUUCCGCUGGCGCAUUGCCUGGGAGUUGCUGCGGCACAUGGGGCAGGUGACCACAGUGCCUAACACUAUCACCUACGGCACGCUGCUGAAGGCAACCAACUCUUGGCAAGGUGCUCUGUUCCUUUGCCGCUCCGCCUCUUGCCGGCCAGUGCCAAUGGACCGGGUGAACUUUGAUUCCGCCAUCAGGACAUGCGACCAGUGGGCACGCGCCUUCAUGGCGGCAUCAGAGAUGCAACGUCAGAAGGUGGUGGCCAGCAAGGUGACCUACAACGCCCUGCUGCAGGUCUCAAAGAACUUUUGGGCUCGGAGUCUGACGCUGCUGCAGGCCAUGGUUUGGCGUCGCCUGGCUCCCGACGCCGUCAGCUACAGCCUGUGCUGCGACUGGCGCUCAGCCUACGCUCUGCUGCAGGACAUGCCUGGAAGGGCGAUUCGCGUGGACGUACUAGCACUCAAUGCAGUCACAAGCGCUGGAGGUGAAGGCCACUGGAGACGGGGCCUUCACCUGCAGUUGGAGGGGGCCCUGCGCCAUGCGCCGCGGGCGGCCCCAUGGCGACUUGCCGCAAAGAUGGUGACGGACGAGGUGCUGAGCUUCAACCUCGCCCUGAAGUGUUCCCCCUGGAUUCGCGGCGCGGAGCUCCUGGCUGAGAUGACGUGCUCGCGGCUGAAGCCCAGCGUGGUGAGCUACAACUCCCUCCUGCCGCUGCUCAGCUGGCCCCGCGCUUUGCACCUCGCCUCGGCAUCCUUGGACGUGGUGGCUGCGACCAGCGGCAUCGUGGCGUGCAAAGAGGCGGCGGUCUGGCAGCAGGCCUUGGGCGUCUUCGAGUCCAUGGCUCCCCAGCGUUUGGCCGCCAACGCCUUGGCCUUCAACGCGGCCGCCGACGCGCUGGGCUCAGGGCCGGGCGCCUGGAGACGCAGCCUGCAGAUGCUGAAGCGGCCGGAGCUACGGGACGCGGUGAGCUACAACAGUGCCAUGGGCUCGCUGAACUCUUCCGUGGGGCCAUGGCGCUUGGUUCUGGACCUGCUGGAGCUCAUGGGCCAGCAGAGGCUCAGGCCGGCCAGCAGCGCCAGCUGCGGCGCUGCCUGCGCCCGGGCCAACCUCUGGCGCCAGGCCGUGGCCGGCUUGGGGUCGGAUGCGGCUGGCCGCAACGCGGCGCUUGAUGCCUGCGCAAAGGCUGGUGCCUGGAGGCAAUCCGUGCAGCUCGCGGAUUUGUCAAACUUCGUGCCCAAUGACAUCACCUUCAAUACAGCCAUCAGUGCUUGUGAGAAGGGCGGCAAGUGGCGCCUGGCUUGGCAAAUCCUGAUGCUGGCGCCGUUUUUGAGGCUGCGGCCGGAUGUGGUCAGCUACAGCGGCACCAUCAGCGCGGCGGAGAAGUGCCGCCAGUGGCGGCAAGCCUUGAGGCUUCUGGAGGCGAUGCAGGAUGCCAGGUGCCAGCCGAACACCAUCAGCUACAACAGCGCCUUGCGGGCGCUGCAAAGUGCCAGCGAGUGGCGCCAAGCUCUGGCGUUACAAGGGCAGAUGAUGCACAGGAGGAUCUGCGGCGACUUGACCACCUGCAUCACGGCCCUCCAGGCAUGUGAGCAAGGCUCGCAAGGCUUGGCCGCAGAAUUUCUGAACGAGCUGACUGUGCGGUCACUGGCAGUGAUGAGAGCGUGA